AUGGUAAUAAAAACUGGACGCUGCGAGAAGCAGAGUGAUGUAACUUGUGAAAGUUCUAAUAACAUCAAUCCAUUAAAUAAGACUUUUCUUGCUAACCAAGAUGAAGCGUUAAUUCAACGUUACCCAUGGGAUGAGUAUACGCAGGGAAUAAUACUUUCAUCAUUUUUUUGGAGUGCAACGAUAUACCAUUUUUUUUCUGGCCCUCUGGCUGAGCGAUAUGGAGGCAAACAUCUUUUAGGCUUCGGGAUCUUCUCACAAGCUGUACUCACCUGUGUCACGCCCUUCUUAAUAAAUUGGGGUGGUUCUACAGCCCUUAUAAUCACGCGUGUCUUGGCAGGAAUAGCAUUUGGUGGAAUGUAUCCGAUAUCCAGUAAAAUGAUAUCGCAUUGGACAACUUCAGAAGACAGAACCAAAGUUGGCAAUGCAGUUUAUUCUGGAUCCGUACUAGGCUUAUUCUUUGGAAACAUUUUACCUGCCCUAAUAAUCAAAUGUUCGGGUAUGGGAUGGCCGUCUGUCUUUUAUUUCAUGGGUAUUUUGGGAAUUAUUUGGUUUCCAUUUUGGCUGGUACUAGUUUAUGAAAAUCCACAAGUGCAUCCUUUUAUAUCUGACGAGGAAUUGGAAUAUUUUGAAAACAGUUCAGAAACAAAGAAAGAUAAAACACCUCCACCACCGUGGAAACACAUACUCAUGUGUCGAGAAUUUUGGGCUUUUACUGUCGAUCUGGUUGGGGCCAAUUGGUCCUUUUAUGUAAUGGUCAGCGAUUUGCCCAAGUACAUGGACAGCGUCAUCAAAUUUUCGCUUGAAAGUAAUGGUUAUUUCUCUUCGUUGCCGUAUAUUUUCAUGUGGCUCAUCUCAGUCGCGAGCGCUUGGGUCAACGACAAAAUACUCGAAAACCAGUGGAUGAGCCUCACCAAUGUUAGGAAACUCUUAACCACAUUAUCUAAUUUGGGUCCAGCAAUUUUUUUACUUCUGGCAUCUUACGCGGGACAAGACAAAACUAUGGUUGUUAUUAUGUUUAUCAUUGGAGUAGCAUUGAUUGGUUGCUCCUAUCCAAGUUUGAUGAUGAAUCCUUUGGAUUUAAGCCCAAAGUAUGCUGGUUCAAUAAUGUCUAUUGGAACUGGUAUCGGAUCAAUCGUGGGCAUAAUAACUCCGUAUCUCGUAGGUGUCUUAGUACCUAAUUCAACGCUCACUGAAUGGAGAUUAGUAUUUUGGAUAGUAUUUUUAUUUGCUGCUGUAUCUAAUAUUAUCUAUCUCUAUUGGUUUCGAGCAGAAGUUCAACCUUGGAACAAUACCGAUUUUAUAACCAAUAGUGAAGAGGAAAAAAACAUUGAGUUGCAUAAACGUUUGAUGGUUUUCUCUUGA